AUGAACUAUGUGGGUCAGCUGGCGGGCCAGGUGUUCGUGCAGGUCAAGGAGCUGUACAGAGGCCUCAACCCCGCCACGCUCUCCGGCUGCAUCGACGUGAUCGUGGUACGCCAGCCCAAUGGCUCCUUGCACUGCUCGCCCUUCCACGUGCGCUUCGGCAAAAUGGGCGUCCUCCGCUCACGGGAGAAAGUGGUGGACAUUGAGAUCAAUGGAGAACCAGUGAGUUUGCACAUGAAGUUGGGAGAGAAUGGAGAAGCCUUCUUUGUUAAAGAAGCUGAGAACACACUGGAAUUGGUCCCAGCCCACUUGGCGACGUCACCCAUCAUGUCGACAGGUCAGGAGCUGAUGGACUCCCACUUGAACAGGAGCAGCUCACGUCACCAUGACAACGUAAUAGGCAGUUCGCUUCCUGUCCAAAACAUCGGGCCACAGCAAGGCGACGGAGGGGCGAACAAGAAGAGGAGGAAAAGAAGGAGGAAGGCUCGGCCAGACGGUGGCGGAGGACGGAGGGACGAAAGCGGGGAGGAGUUUUCGGACGACGACAAUAUGUUUACGAUCGACUUGAGCUCCGAUGAGGAGAAAGAAGGAGAUAGUGUACGAACUCUAUACGGUGAUCAAGGAUCGGCAGCCAACUCAGAAUGGGCACAUCCACAGAGUCAUGUGAUUAAGGAGACUCUCUCCAUCCCUCCGUCCUGCGGUCUGUCUAUCUCCUGCCCUCAACAGACUUCUCACUUCUCCUCACACCUUAGCAACCCGGACGACUCUCUGUCUUCGACGCCGAAGAGCGAUUCUGAGCUGGCCAAUCGGGGUAAAGACAACCCUGAGAUGCUUUGGAGUUGGGGUGAGCUGCCAAAAGCGGCUCAGCCAUCCUUCCUGACUUCCCAUCAGAAGCAGGACAGUGCCACCUCAGUCUCCAUCCCAGUGUCUUCCAGCAAUCAAUUCAGAAGCAUCAAUGAAGCCGAACCCCCUUCCCAGCCUCUGUACACGUCUCAGCAAGGGGAGAGUCAUGCCAAUGCGGGUGUGUCCUGUACAGAGAUGGAAAAUUUAACCACAUGUCCAGUAGUUCCCAGCAUCCUCCAUGAUCACCUGGAGGAAGACAAGAACAGAGGGAGUCCCAUCAGAAGAACAGAUUCACCUUCCAAGAGGAAAGAGAAAAGAAGCCAGCAUCUUGGUGCAGAUGGGGUGUACUUGGAUGAUAUUACAGAGCUGGAGCCUGAGGUUGCUGCUUUAUAUUUUCCUAAAAGUGAAGGAGCCGGCAGCUCGAUGAAGGUAGAUUCGGAAAUGAGUGUUCGGAGUGGAAAUCAGUCCCCGCAGUCCGUGGGCAGCUGUGGGAUGGACAGCGGAGUGGACAGUCUUUUGGACCACAUAGGGGACCUUCCUCACGUCGCCAUUUCACUUUGCGGCGGACUCUCCGACAACAAGGAGAUCACACAAGAACACUUCAUGGAGAGGGCCGUUUCCUACCAGCAGUUCUCUGAAAACCCCUCGCUUAUCGAUGACCCCAACCUGGUGGUGAAGAUUGGUAACAAGUACUACAAUUGGAGUACGGCGGCUCCGGUUAUGUUGGCCAUGCAAGUCUACCAGAAGCCACUGCCACAGGCCUCCGUGGAGAACAUCAUGAAGGACAAGAUGCCCAAAAAGGGAGGGCGCUGGUGGUUUUCCUGGAGGAGCAGGAACAGUGACUCUAAAUCGGAACCUGUGUCAGAAGCUGCAGGGGACCGAGGAGAUAUUACAAUGGAGACAGCUACCAGAAUGAAAGAUGAGUCGUCCUCCAGCGACGAAGACCACAGACCCCAGACCUGCCAGUCCGACACACUCCUUGGUUCUGGCAACAUUUGUUACAAGAAGACUCUUCGACUCACUUCAGAGCAGCUGGUCAGCCUGCAGCUGAAAGAGGGUCCGAAUGAGGUGGUGUUCAGCGUGACAACACAAUAUCAAGGAACGUGUCGCUGCCAUGGCACUAUUUAUUUAUGGAACUGGGACGACAAGCUGGUCAUUUCUGACAUUGACGGAACCAUCACUAGGUCAGACACACUGGGCCACAUCCUGCCCACUCUGGGGAAAGACUGGACCCACCAGGGGAUCGCAAGGCUCUACCACAAAGUCAGCCAAAACGGAUAUAAAUUUAUGUACUGCUCGGCGAGGGCCAUCGGUAUGGCGGACAUGACUCGAGGUUACCUGCACUGGGUCAACGAGAGGGGGACAAUGCUGCCGAUGGGCCCGGUGAUGCUCAGUCCCAGCAGUCUGUUUUCUGCAUUGCACAGGGAAGUGAUUGAGAAGAAGCCUGAGAAGUUCAAGAUCGAGUGUCUGACAGACAUCAAGCAACUAUUCUUCCCCAAUACGGAACCUUUCUAUGCAGCUUUUGGCAACAGAGCUACAGAUGUGUAUUCCUACAAGGAGGUGGGUGUGCCUCUCAACAGGAUCUUCACCGUAAAUCCAAAGGGGGAGCUAAUACAAGAACAUGCUAAAACCAACAUCUCCUCGUAUGGGCGCCUGUGCGAGAUGGUGGACCAUGUCUUUCCGGUCCUACUCCAAAAAGAUGGAAGCGACUUUCCACCUUCGGACACUUUUGACCAGCGUGAUUACUGGAGCGAGCAGCAUUCUGACGAAUGCAACCAGGACAAAGAAGAUGCGGACUCACCACUUCUGGAAAGCAGCUAA